AUGGAGGAAUCAUGGACUAAUUGGUUAUGUGAAAUGGAUCCAGAUGAUUACAGUUUCAUCAACCAAUCAAGCAUAAAUGCAGACAUUGUUAGUAGUUUUGAGAGUAACUUAGAGUUAGAAAGGCCUUCAAAGUUACUCAAAACAGCUUCCUCAUCAACUUGUUCAUACAAUAUUUCGUUUGAAAAUGAAAAUCCACCACCAGUAAGAGUUGAACCAGCUUUGAAGCCAAAAUACAAAACUGUGAACUCAAAGAUGAACAGUUCAUUUUUAAAAUCUACAACUCAUCACAUACCAGAUCAUAUUAUUGCUGAGAGAAUGAGGAGAGAAAAGAUUAGCCAACAAUUCAUAGCUCUUUCAGCUCUUAUUCCAAAUCUAAAAAAGGUAGACAAGGCUUCUGUGUUAUGUAAUGCUAUUAAAUAUGUGAAGGAGCUUAAGGAGCAAGUGAAACUGUUGGAGGAACAAACCAAAAAGAAAAGUGUAGAAUCAAUGAUGGAUGAAGAUACUUCGUACACUUCCUCAUGUAAUGAAACCUCAAAAACAAAUCUGAUACUGCCAGAAGUUAAAACUAGGUUGUCGGGUAAGAAUGUGGUGAUUCGAAUCCUCUGUGAGAAAGAUAAGGCAGUGAUGGUGAAUGUGUAUAGAGAGAUAGAGAAACUUCAUCUCUCAGUUAUCAAUGGAAGUUCAUUGUGCUUUGGUUCGUCUGUUCUGGCCAUAACCAUCAUUGCUAAGACGGAGGAUGCAUUGAAAACGAGCAUGGAGAAAGUGGCAAAAAACGUGAGAGUUGGAUUGUUGUAA